GCCAGAGAUUUCGAGGCCGUUCGAAAUUCCACCAGCUCCGGAGAGCUGCGGAGCCAGUAAACUGGCGCUCCGCAAAUUUCAACUAUAACUCCACCAGCUCCUGGAAUGAAGCUGUGGAGCGAAGUACCUCCGAACAGGGCCUAUAUUUCCCUAUAUAAACUCUAUGCAUCCAUGGCUCGGCCAACUGAAAGCACACACAAAGACAAGACAACGCUACACGAGGGCAUUAUGGUUUCCGCCAUGAAGCUGUCCGUCACCCUCGUCCUCCUCCUCUCAGGGCUCGUGGUGUUCGGGGAGAUCGCGGACGCCAAGGCCAAGGCGCCGUGCGCCGUGGUGUGCUUCCAGGGAGGCCACAUCACCUGCGACAACUACCCCGGCCAGGAGCUCGACGGGUGCGACUGCGAGUGCGCGCCGGCAGACGGCAAGGGCUGCGUGCUACACCUCGACGACGGCGUGACCCACACCAACUGCCGCACGCCCAAUAUGUAGCUGAAUUGUUGGUUUGAGUUUGAGUUCAAUAAGGCUCUGCAAGUUUGUUGUCGACUGUAACGAAAAUGUUCGCGUGUCUCUGGUUUGGCAGUGUAAUUUAACUUUACACGCUUCGAAUAAAAUUUCCGACCAUAAUGUGUUGAGGCUCAUAAAA